UUUCAGGCUGUGCAAUCGAGACGGUAAUGGCGACGAACAAUGGAGACGUUUUGAUGCUGGAGGCGGCGCCGGAGGCUACGAAACCCUGGGCGAGCGCGGCGAACGCAGAAGUUAUCGAUGCGCUUCCUUAUAUAGACGAUGACUACGGCAAUCCACUGAUUAAGGCUGAGGUGGACCGCUUGGUGGAGGAAGAGAUGCGUCGGAGCUCUAAGAAGCCUGCUGACUUCCUCAAGGAUCUCCCUCCUCUUCCCAAGUUCGAUUUCGAGAACUGUCCAGUUCUAGGCAAAGAGUAUGAGCGUGUUCGAGCCGGGAAGCCUCCAGUGCGGAUUGAUUUCGAGUCCCGGUAUAAGCAUGAAUUGCCGCCUGCUGGUAAGAAAAAUGAUGAUGCUGCCUGGAAGCAGUAUCUUCACAAGACUCAACGUUCAUUGCAACAGAAGAAGAUCGAGCUUGAGAAUUUGGAAAUGAUGUCAAAACAAGGGCCCGAGAUUUGGAGACAGAACAACCAUCGGCUAGAAGUAUUCUUGACCAGAAUGCAAAGACUAGCUCAGGAGCAGAACGAGGAGAUUGAAAAAGUUAAUCGCGAGAGGAAGUAUCAUCAGCAAACCACAGCGUACGAGCUAAACGCUUUAUCUCAAGAAUGGAGACAGCUCUGUGUCAAGAACAUGGAGAUUCAGUCUGCGUGUGCUGUGCUUGAGACACAAAUCGAUUCGUUGAAAAGGGAAGCUUCUGAAAGGGGAUGGAACUUAGAAGAGAAACUUGAAAGUGUCAAACCGCUUCAAUCGCAGUGAGGCAAACCGCCUGAGCAAUCCAUCUAUCAUGUCUCCGCUAUAAUUUUGAAUGUUUGUUUUUCAAAUAUUAUUUAUAGUAUAAGAGAAUGAUUUUAUCGGAAACACACUACAGUAUUAGGUGAAUGACUGUCUCUCUCUUUGUAAUAACAUGUUAGAUUUUUGUAAAAAAAAUUACUAAACAUUUACUUCCUAA